AUGGAUCCCUGCCCUUUCGUGCGCAUAACUGUGGGAAAUCUCGCUCUUAAAAUCCCUGUCGCUUCUAAACCUGCUCGCUCUGUCGUUCACCCAUCAUCUUCUCCCUGUUUUUGCAAAAUCAAACUAAAGAACUUCCCUCUUCAAAUGUCUGUCAUUCCCUACAUUCUAUCGGACAACACGCAACUUCCUGAAGGCCAAAUCCAAACUCUAGCUGCCACUUUCCACCUAAGCAAGUCCGAUCUCGACCGUCUCGUUGCUAAAUCUAUUUUCACUAACAAGCUCCACCUCAAAAUCUCAAUCUAUACUGGCCGUCGCGGUACUACUUGUGGAGUGAACUCAGGGAGGUUGUUAGGGAAAGUGUCCGUACCUUUGGAUCUGGCCGGAACGGAAUCUAAAGGUGUUGUGUUUCAUAAUGGAUGGAUUUCUAUUGGAAAAGAGAGUGUUAAAAGUUCCUCUGCUCAAUUUCAUUUGAAUGUUAAAGCUGAGCCUGAUCCAAGGUUUGUGUUUCAAUUCGACGGAGAACCUGAGUGCAGUCCUCAAGUGUUUCAGAUCCAAGGCAAUAUUAGGCAGCCUGUUUUUACUUGCAAAUUCAGCUUCAGAACCACCGGUGACCGCAAUCGGAGAUCCAGAUCAGUACAAGGGGAGCCCAACGGCUCAAGGAACUGGCUAAGUUCAUUUGGUAGCGAAAGAGAGAGGCCGCUAAAAGAACGAAAAGGCUGGACGAUAACAGUCCACGACUUAUCCGGCUCCCCAGUAGCCGCAGCUUCAAUGGUAACUCCAUUCGUACCUUCGCCUGGUUCGGACAGAGUAAGCCGUUCAAACCCCGGUUCAUGGCUCAUCCUCCGCCCUGAAGCCGGUACCUGGAAACCCUGGGGCCGACUCGAGGCUUGGCGCGAGCGUGGCUCAUCUGAUGGACUUGGCUACCGUUUUGAACUAGUCCCUGACACAAACGACGGCAGUAUGAACGCAGCCAGUAUUAUAUUAGCCGAAAGCACUCUAAGUUCGCACAAAGGAGGCAAGUUUGUAAUUGAUAUAGGAGCCGGCUCAAACGGGCGAGCCACGCAGGCAAAUUCGGCUUCUCCUGUGUGUAGCCCAAGGGGUAGUGGCGAUCACGGUUAUGGAUUGUGGCCUUAUUGUGCGUACAGAGGGUUUAUUAUGUCGGCUAGCGUGGAAGGAGAAGGAAAGUGCAGUAAACCUGGCGUCGAAGUUAGUGUGCAGCACGUGAAUUGUACUGAAGAUGCAGCUGCUUUCGUGGCAUUAGCUGCAGCCGUUGAUCUGAGUAUGGAUGCGUGUAAGCUUUUCUCGCAACGGUUAAGAAAAGAGCUCUGUCAAGAUCAGGACUUGCUCGGUUGA